AAGUGGCCUUCGGCGGACCGCCGCGCUCCUGGUUAAGCCCUGUGCGCUCCCCUCCGGUAUCCGCUGCGGCCCGCCGCUGCCUCCUGCGCCCCCGCUCCGGUCCGUGGUGCAGCCGGACCAGCACCAUGUCGCUGUCGCGCUCGGAGGAGAUGCACCGACUCACGGAAAAUGUCUACAAGACCACCAUGGAGCAGUUCAACCCCAGCCUGAGGAACUUCAUCGCCAUGGGGAAGAACUAUGAGAAAGCCCUGGCAGGUGUCACCUACGCUGCCAAAGGCUAUUUCGAUGCCCUCGUGAAGAUGGGCGAGCUGGCCAGUGAGAGCCAGGGCUCCAAGGAACUCGGAGACGUUCUCUUCCAGAUGGCCGAAGUCCACAGGCAGAUUCAAAAUCAGCUGGAAGAAAUGCUGAAGUCCUUUCACAAUGAGCUGCUCACCCAGCUGGAACAGAAGGUGGAGCUGGACUCCCGGUACCUAAGUGCUGCGCUGAAGAAAUACCAGACGGAGCAGAGGAGCAAAGGCGACGCCCUGGACAAGUGCCAGGCCGAGCUGAAGAAGCUCCGUAAGAAGAGCCAGGGGAGCAAGAACCCCCAGAAGUACUCGGACAAGGAGCUGCAGUACAUCGACGCAAUCAGCAGCAAGCAGGGAGAGCUGGAGAGCCACGUGUCCGAUGGCUACAAGACAGCGCUCACCGAGGAGAGAAGGAGGUUCUGCUUCCUGGUGGAGAAGCAGUGUGCCGUGGCCAAGCACUCGGCCGCCUACCACUCCAAGGGCAAGGAGCUGCUGGCACAGAAGCUGCCACUGUGGCAACAGGCCUGCGCCGACCCCGGCAAGAUCGCGGACCGCGCAGCGCAGCUGGUACAGCAGAUGGUCAGCAGCAACGGCGCCCUGUCGGCCUCCAAGUCCAGCCUGGUCAUCUCAGACCCCAUUCCGGGGGCCAAGCCCCUGCCGGUGCCGCCCGAGCUGGCCCCGUUUGUGGGGCGGCUGUCUGCUCAGGACAAUGCGCCCAUCAUGAAUGGCAUCUCGGGCCCGGACAGCGAGGACUACAGCCCCUGGGCUGACCGCAAGGUGGCCCAGCCCAAGUCCUCGUCUCCUCCGCAGCCUCAGACCAAGCUGAGCGACUCCUACUCCAACACGCUCCCCGUGCGCAAGAGUGUGGCCCCGAAAAACAGCUACGCCACCACUGAGAACAAGACGCUGCCGCGCUCCAGCUCCAUGGCGGCCGGCCUGGAGCGCAACGGUCGCACGCGGGUGAAGGCCAUUUUCUCCCAUGCGGCUGGUGACAACAGCACCCUGCUGAGCUUCAAGGAGGGCGACCUCAUCACCCUGCUGGUGCCCGAGGCCCGGGAUGGCUGGCACUAUGGCGAGAGCGAGAAGACCAAGAUGCGCGGCUGGUUCCCCUUCUCCUACACCAGAGUUCUGGACAGCGACGGGAGUGACAGGCUACACAUGAGCCUGCAGCAAGGGAAGAGCAGCAGCACGGGCAACCUCCUAGACAAGGAGGACCUGGCACUCCCGCCCCCCGACUACGGCACGUCGUCCCGAGCCUUCCCCACCCAGACGGCCAGCACCUUCAAGCAGAGGCCCUACAGCGUGGCCGUGCCUGCCUUCUCCCAGGGUCUAGAUGACUACGGGGCACGGGCCGUGAGCAGCACCGAUGUGGAAGUGGCCAGAUUUUGAGCUGCCCCGUCUAGAGUUAGUAAGUGCCCGGUUUGCUUGUGCUGGUCAGUCUGCGUUUGCAGCGGCUCUGGAGACCCUCUGGCCCCAGCCCUGCAGGCAAGGUGGGGCCCGAGGGUCGGCCAGCCUGCUCCGCUCGGGGCUCCCAGCCUUCGCUUCCCCUGGAUCACUCCUGGGGCUCACGGAUUUCCUUUCUCGGGAAGCUUGUGGGGCUGACCCGCCACUCUGCUCGCCGCCACCCGCGGCCCCCUGCCCUCCACUGCUGGGCGUGGGUCUGGCCUGGCCCUCCCUCCGGGUUUCUGUCCUGCCUCUGCUGGGCGCUUCAGCCACAAUCAGGGUGGAACCAGUGAUCAGCUCCUCUGGCUGAGGUGCCUGCGGACCGGCCCCCGUGUGUAUGGGUCUGAGCCCGGCCUGGCCCGCUCCUGGAUGGCAGCCCCAAGGGGACUGGGGAAACCAGGGUGGGACCUGGGGACAGCUCCACGGCUGUGCCAGGUGAGUGCUGUAGGCACCCCGGUGCUCGGGACAGUGGAUGCAGCAGCCUGGCUGCCAGCUCUGCCUGGCUCACCUGGCCUCUGCCCCGGUGUGGCUCCGAGUCUGUGCCAGACUCUCCAGACCAGGCCCUCGGCCGCCAUGCCCAGGUGUCCUUGCCAGCCUCUGAAUCCCUCCUGGUGACGGUCCCUUCCCGCCCUUGGAAAGCAAGCUCUGGCAGCCAGGAGGAGAUGAGGGGGCCCAGCACUGCUGCCAUGUGUCCCCACCCCACCUAAUCACAGGUUACCCUGUGCAUCCUUUACAAAGGAUGACAAUCACUUCAGUCUACUGGGCAUCACAGAGAUGCCACCCUCCCUGCAGGCAGCCAGGCCACCCCAGCAGAUCUGGGUGCUCGCUUUUCUGUCACUGCCUUUGUGUUGUGAGCUGCACUGUGAGUUCUGGAAAGUCCUGGAGACAAAUGCUCCUGAAGUUUGGGCACAGGGUAGACAUGCCUUUGACCCUGGCUCAGCAGUGGCCAACCCUGGGCCACACCCCUCCUGCCUCUGGGCUCCUCUCUGAGGGGCCUGCAUCUCCCACCAGAGCUGUGCAGGCCCCACCUGUGCUGCCCCUGCGGUCCCUCCGAGCUGUCCUCAUCACUGGAGGUGCCGGAAGGACCCAAGGCUCAGGGACCAUACCGCUUGGUGUAGGGCAGACCUGGGCGCAGAGGGUACCUCACCCCAGGAGCGCGCAGCACGUGCCAGCAGCCAGUCCCUCGCCACAGUCACCUGGCCCGAAGGUUCAAAAGACACUUCUGGCUGGUUAAGGGGCCCUGCCCAGCUUUGCCCGAGCUUAUGCUGGGAAGGGGGGCUGAGGACGAGAAUGACUCCAUUCCAGAAGGGCCGACGUUCUGAAGCUGUGGAAGAAACACUUAAGUUUGAGAAGAAGCAACUUCGGGAGAAAGUGGACACCUCUGCGCCAGUCACCCUUUGGCUCCCUCUGUGCUCUGGACUCAGCGAGAGAAGGAAGCCGCACGUACGGACACGGCUGUUCUCAGAACUGUUCGUCGUUCACGUAGUGGAUGCAGAGAGUAGUCACAGGGUCCCCUCACACCUGCAGCCACGUGCGUUUCAGGAGACCGGAAUUGAAAGCUGCCUGACUGCAGGGGUUGGUGGGGGCACGGGCCCCCCGUGCUGCAUGGUGGCCCUGAGGGCUGCCCACGGAGCUCUGCAGUGCCCUGGAAGUCUGUGCCCACCGUCCUCCCGGUGGGGGAGGGUCCAGCUCGUGCCUCCUUAGCCCCGCUGGGGACCGUAGGCCUGCUCUGCGCCGUAAGUGGAAAUCCAUUCUCUGUGUGAAACCACCGCCCGUCACUCCCCUCCCUCCUCAGGCGUCCCUGACGGGGUGGCUCCCAUGAGGGACAGAGCUGUGCCCUCAGAGCCCCCACCAGAGGGAAGAGCCUGCACAGCACCCAACUUGAAGGCACCCUGAUCUGGGCUCCACUCUGUGCUGGCACCGGACAAGCUUGUCUUGUCUGUUGGUUUGUCGUCAAUCGUCCGCCGACAGUGCUGCUGGCAGGGAGCCUGGCCUGGCGCCGGCCCGGCAGCAGUCGAUGUCUGCAGGUCGGGAGAAGGUGCGGCGGGCCUCGGGUCCCAGUCUUGUCCUGUUUUGUCAUCUCAGUGUUGGCCCCAGCCCCCACCUGGGGUCACACAGGCGUCCUCUCCAGGGUAGCUCAUAAGCCUGUUCUUUCACAGAAGAAAGAACGUUCCAGAAGGUAUAGCUACCUGAGAGGCUGAGCAGGGGAGUGUCCUGCCCACUGCGGUCUCUGGCCUGGGCUUCCAGGGGCUGCGGGCAGCAGUGGCUCCAGAGGCCUGGAGCGUUUGCGGCAGCUGCCCGCUCCCGCAGAACCUGCAGUGUGGAGUAGUGUACUCCAGGGCCCCCAUUUGGAGGAGGAGAGGAGAGUGGGUCAGUGGCUAGACGCCCCCCACGGCCGCUGGGCGGGGCCUUUCUGGCCCUGCAACUCCCUCUGCGGCCCAGCUGACAGUGCCUUUUACCAGUGACCCUUUCUGAUGAGAAUUCGGGUGUGUCAGGCAGGAGUACGGUGUGUGCGGCCCAAACCGGCCACUCUGCCCUGGCUGUGCUCAGCACAGGACCUAUCCUCCCUUCUCGGGGGCGCAGGGUCUGCACCCCUUCCUCUGCUUGGUCCCUGACUUUAGGUGGACAAACCUGCCCCAUUCCCAGAGCCCAGGACCUCCCGCUGGGGACAGCGAGGGCACAGAGCCCUCCUCUAGAACCACUGCCAGGGCACAGCCAGGGCACAGAGGCAGACGUCACUGGUCACUCCAGUAGACCCGGCUGAAGCUCAUCUGCACAGAUCAGUGCCAAAGAGAGGCCGUGAGCGAGCAGAGCCUGAGGCCCCACGCGGGGCUGGAAGCAGCCUUUCAUCGGGGGCCGUGGCGCCCUGGAGGAGCCUUGAAGGUCGGCUUCCUCCAGUAGGUCUUCCUUUUAAAAACUCAGCCGAAGUGUCUCAGUGUUUUAGAAAACACCAAGUCCUCGGGAAAGCACAGGGCGGUGCCCCCAGCCCAUGUGCUCUCCUCCUGGGCACACUGGAUGGAGCGCCCGCCCACCCAGCUACCGUGGACGCCGGCCCAGCGGUGCCAGAGGCGCCUCCUGCCCAGGUAACGGCCCCAGAGCCGAGCGCUUCGCCAGGAGUGUGGUCCUGUCCGUGCCGAGCCCUCUGUGUCCCACGUAUCAUCCGUGCUGUCACCCCUGGGGCUGCCUGGCGUCCCCCAGCUUGUCGUCCUGUGCGUCCCCACCCGGCAGGGACUCGGAGAACAGGCUUCUGCGAGGACCAGGCCAGGCGCUGGCCCCUCGUGCUCAUCUCGUCCCAUCUCAGCUCCUGUCUGGCCCAUCCGUCUGUCCGUCAGCUGCGGCCGUGGGCAUAUAGGGGAGGGUGUGGCUCCCUGGGGUGACGGGUGGCUGAGCCCUCACCGGGCAGGAGGCAGCCCCUCUGCAGGGGCCCAAGGGCAUCACCCCUGCCAGCCUGUUGCUGUCAGUGUGCGCGGCCUUGUGUCUGUCGUGUCAGCGUGGCGCGGGCCCAGGCCACCCUCCGGGACGCAUGGGCCGGGUUGUGUGGGCUGCUGAGCUGUCCCUGUGUGUCAACAGGCAUGUCCUUGCAGACGGGCUCAGCUACUGCUCCCGCGAGGACGGCACCUGGGCCACGUGGCCUUGUGGGCGGCUCCCCAGACUCGGACUCAGCCCACUGAGGACUGAGAAAGAGCUGGCUCCCAGCCCCUGCCCCCGGCCACGUUGCCUGGGAGGGUUGACAGUUCUAGGAGGGGGUGGCAGGAAGUGGCCACUGGGGGUCAGCUGGCCCUGCAGGUGCUGCCCCUCCGAGGCCCUUCCAGCAGCUUCUAUUGCCCGCCUGAGCUGAGCCCAGAGGCUGGGCCAUCCGGGUCCUGGAUGGCGCCAUCUGCAGGCCUGGUGGCACAGCGCGCACAGGGCACCCCUCCUGCACUAAAACUGUUAUCUUUUCUCCUCAGGAACCCCUUCACCAGCGUCCAGCUGAAGCCAACAGUGACCAAUGACAGGUCUGCCCCCCUCCUCAGCUGACAGCCACGUCGGCACCCACUGCCCGCCCGGCCCCUCCUCCCCACUCCACAUGUAAGCUCUUGUGUUACCGUCUGCACAGCCCCCUUUAGAGGACGUUCUCCUCGCGUGCACUGCACCUGCUGAUGUUGCCCCCACUUCAGUCUGGCCUGGGCUGGACCCUGGCCGUUCCUGUGGACAAGGCACCUUGGGGCCAUGGCCGAGGAGAGCACAAGGGGGCUGGCCAGAGCUGGGACCCGCUGGCUGGGCCAGGGGGCUAUGGAGCCUAGCGGGCGCAGGAGGACGUUCUGUCAGCGUGUGGCUGGAAGGGGAGCCUAGCUCCCACGCUACUUGUAGCUCCUAAGUGUCUGGUCAAUAAAGAGACUGCCCCACCUA